AUGACUACCCUCGUGCAGACCCGCCAGCCACUACAAGUCCUGAGCAUGAGCAAUCAGCCCAAGCGUCGCAGGAGCUCGCGCCUUGCCGGUAGGAUACCGCUCCGUAGCCCCUGCUACGAAGAUAGCCCGGACAGACAGCAGCAAGCUGACGGUGACGUGACAGCAUACGAUGAGCAGGAUGGCGAUUUCCACUUCACCCGAGGAUCCAAGCGGAUCAAGACCCAGCAGCAAGAAACGAUACCCGAGGACGAUCCCCCUCCGGAACCUGUACUCGCACCCGCACCCGCACCCGCACCUAAAAGGGGUAGGCCGAGAACGAACAAGAAUCGCGAGCCACAACCACUACCACCGUCCCCGCCACAGCUCCAGCCGGCCACGAGGAGAAACGCGAAGCGGAGGUCGAGCCAGAUAACUGCCGACCAAGACGAGGCAUCGGCGCCCCCCCCGCCGUCCUCACCGCCGCCACAGAGGAGCACACGACGACGAGGCCGCCCUUCCUUGGAAAACAAGGAAAAGGAGCCUGCUAAAGUUACGAAUGGAGUGGCGAAGAAGCCACGAGCCCGGGAGGUAGUCCAGGAGGAGACGCCGCCUCAGUCGACGCCGGUGGACGAGAGUAAGGCGAGAGGCAGUGGAGAUUCGUCGGAACCGAAGAAGAUUGCGCUGCCGUUCAGCGACACGCCAGUCAUGAACCGCAACAAGGAGAUGCGGAGGAAGACGGGCGCCCGCAGGAGCAGUCUGGGCAUGCGCGGGAGACGGGCCAGCUCCCUAAUCGAUAGCGGCCACAACGCCAUACCGCACAGAGCGGUCGACUCGGCCGAGUUCUACAAGCACAUCGAGGCCGAGCUGAUAGAACCACGCCGGAUGAAGCAGCUCCUCACGUGGUGCGGGGAGCGGGCAUUGUCGGAGAAGCCGCCACUGGGAUCACUGAAUUCUAAUGCGAUUCUAGGAGCCCGGGCUAUCCAGGACCAGCUGCUGAAGGACUUUGCCUCGAAGUCGGAAUUCUCGAACUGGUUCGCGCGGGAGGACGUGCCGAAACCGCCGGCUAUAGUGAAGCCGAACCCGCGGAACAUCGAACACGAAGAGAAGAUUGCGGCACUAGAGGAAAGGAUAAAACGGUUAAAAGCAGAAAAGAAGACGUGGCAAUCCCUAAGACAACCGCCGGCGGAGCUACCACCGCUCUUCGCUCCGUCCGAGGCGACAUCGCCGCUCCUGCUAGUGCAGCAGCUCCCGCAGCCGGACGCAUCGCUCCUCGACCCAGACGAAGCCGAGAUGCUGGCGGCGCUCGCGAGCGCGACGAUCACGGACACGACGCCGCCGACGACGGGGCAUGCGAAGCCAGCAGCGGCGACGGCGACGGCGACGACGACGACGCAGAAGGCGGUGCGGGCGCAGCUGCAGGCGCUGCGGGCGUCGCUGGGGCCGCGCGUAGACCAGCUGGCGGACGGCGUGCACCGGCUCGAGGCGCGGGUCGCGGCCGGCGCGCGCCAGGCCGACCGCGUGCUGGGCCUCAGCGCGGCGCGCCUGCGCGAGCGCGAGGCGCGCGAGCGAGCGCGCGCGGGCACGCGUGAUAUGCCCGUCAUGGAGGUGCUAAGGAGCCUCGGCAGGAUACUGCCGCCGGAAGCGGGGGAAGGGGGUUGA